AUGGCUACCGGUAGGUUCAAAGCGUGUGGUUGGUAUCUGCUUGCAUUGAUUUUCUCUCCGAUGUAUGAGUAAUCCCUCACUGGAUUUGUAAAUCAAAAUACUGGAUUUUUAAACUGAAGUAUAAUUCAUCUACGUAAAUUAUAUAUUGUCUCGUGGUCACAAGAGGAAGAACAAAUCCGCACAUUGUCCUUCCAUCACUUACGAAAGGCUAAAGAACCAUCUCAUAAGUUCGUAACGCACAAUAUUAAGUUUAGUAACUCGGAUGUUGUAGUGUUGUUUUUAAGUGAACCCACCGUUACGAGUCGAGUGUCAGAAGGCUCGGGCUCCUAAACUUUCCACAGAAUUCACUGCCAAAAACGUUUUUUAAACCAAAAAGCAACACCAAAGUUGUUCUUUAUAAAGUAUUUGUAGCCCGUAGAAUCAUCACUAAGUGAAGUGUACCAUGGUCGACCGGGAGAGAACGAUGAAGGCGGGACCGAAGCCUGGGCCAGAGAUCGAGGAUUAGUUCGGUGUCAGUGUUAGUUGCGCAGAAACUGUAGAGAUGGCGACUGCCAAUAAUGACUAUGUUCCUGUUAGCCAGUUUUUCCAGAAUCGUUCAGUGUUCGUAACAGGUGGCACUGGCUUCAUGGGAAAAGUGCUUGUGGAGAAGUUACUUAGAUCAUGUCCGGGAAUCAAGAACAUUUACUUGCUGAUGAGACCCAAGCGUGGUCAAGACAUUGACACUAGACUCAACGAACUCAUCAAUGCUCCUCUAUUUGAUCGGUUAAGAAGAGAACGACCUACAGAACUGAACAAGAUAGUUCCCAUACUGGGUGAUAUCACAGAACCGGAGCUGGGCAUUAGCCAAGCGGAUCAGGAGAUGUUAGCUCGUUCUGUUUCUGUCGUCUUCCAUUCAGCAGCUACAGUUAAGUUUGAUGAGGCACUCAAGCUGUCAGUUACCAUCAAUAUGGUUGGCACCAAGCGACUAGUCGAGCUCUGUCAUAAAAUGAUGAGUUUAGAGGUGUUGAUCCACGUGUCAACUGCAUAUUGUAACUGUGAUAGGGAGGAGGUUAGUGAAAUCAUCUAUCCCCCUCCCUAUGACCCUGAACACAUCAUCAACUGCGUCAGUUGGAUGGAUGACUCGCUGGUCGAUGUCCUCACACCCAAGUUAAUAGGAAGUCGGCCCAACACCUACACUUUCACCAAGGCCCUGGCCGAACAUAUGCUUUUGAAGGAGUCAGGAAACUUGCCUGUAGCCAUCGUACGUCCUUCCAUAGUGCUUUCAUCAUUAGGGGAACCAGUCGCUGGGUGGGUAGACAACUGGAAUGGUCCGACAGGUAUCAUCGCAGCUGCAGGCAAGGGGUUCUUCCGCACGAUGCUGUGUCAUGAGGACAAAGUAGCUGACUUGGUGCCUGUCGAUGUAGUCAUCAAUCUGAUGAUCUGUGCUGCCUGGCGGACGGCUACUGCAAAACCAAACGGUAUCACUGUGUACAACUGCUGCACUGGACAACAGAACGCAAUCACGUGGAAGGAUUUUGUGCAACACAGCUUCACCGCCAUGCGGAAGUAUCCGUUGGGAGACCUCCUCUGGUACCCUGACGGCUCUUGUCACUCCAACUGGGUUACCAACACUCUUUUCUCCUUCACUCUCCAUGUUCUGCCAGCCCAUAUCAUGGACAUCUUCAGUAGACUUGCUGGCAAGCCUCCCAUGAUGACAAAAGUCCAGGGUAAGCUAGACAAAGCUGCCAAGUGUCUGGAGUACUUCUCCACUCGGCAAUGGAGAUUUCUGGAUGACAACGUACGAAUGUUGAACCAGUGUUUAAGCCAGGAAGACAGAGCCGAGUUUGCUUUUGAUGUCUCUAAAAUCCAGUGGUCCAAGUACAUCGAGGAUUAUGUGCUGGGCAUCCGUCACUUCAUCUUCAAGGAUCACCCUAACUCCUUGCCUGCUGCCCGUAAACAACUGAACAAGAUGCUGUGGCUACAUCGUAUGACCAGACUGAUGCUGGUGUUGCUCGUAUGGCGAGCUAUCAUGUUGCGAUCUCAGAUCGCUCGCAAGCUGUGGUUCCAAAUGAUAGAAAUUAUGCUGCGUGUUGUGCGAAUGAUUCCGUAUGUUUGAAUUUGGGUAUCACGCUUAUUGUUGCCCGCUCGAGUCAUUUGUUGAAGAGAGAGAUUUCAACAAACGUACUUAAUUUUUACACAUCAUUGUUAACUUUGAUUAUUAGUCAAAAUAACAUGUAUGCUUCCACUCACCUUUUGUUUUCGCUUUUACUCAGUUGAAUUCGAUUGUUGGGCUAUUUGUAAUGCUUUUCCCUGAUAGUGAUUUUCCAGAUAUAAUUUGCCUUCUGGAAAGUUUUAGGAACAAUAAGCUUGUUAAAAUUUCAAUUUGUUAAUUGAAUUUGUUACUUGUUAUCUUCCACUGAUCAGCAGUGAGCUUUGAAUGUGUUGUGGUCAUAAUUAGACUCCACAACAAAUCCUUAAAUGAAAGUAGUUAUAAACAUAUUCGUACAUGUAAGAUGUGAAUGUGACAGUGUGCUCUAAAAACUGCUGUGUGUAGCCAAUAAAAAAGCAGUGAAAUUAUUUAGUAAUGAUGCUACAGUUUUUCAUAUUUUGGAAGAAUCUGUUUGUAUCUUCACGGUAAUCCAACCUGAGGCAGAAAUAACCGUGUUUGGCCGUCUGUUUGAAAACCGUUGUUUUAACACCCGUAUUGGUUUAGAACAAGACUCUGUGGAAAAUACAGUUUUGUAUUUAAUUAUUUGUAAGACCAUAAAAUGUUGCUGAGCUUCUGCCUUCGUCAGAGCUCAACGAUACUGCUCAAGCUUUAGUAGUUGAUGAAAAUGUUUCCAGGCUAAGUAGUUUUUGAGAGUUACUUAGUGUUAUAUUUUAUAAAUUAUGAAUUCCGCAUUAGUUUGAAAGCAAUUGUAAAGUAGGUUAAUGUGUAUGUUUAAAUGUCUCCAUAAAAAUAACAGAUGUAGAGCUCUAUUUGUUUUAAUGGAAUUGAAUGGAUGUAUUGAAUUUAUUAGGACAACUAGGAUAUACCUCACAUGUAUAAGCUACUUAGCCAAAUUGUCACCUCAGCUUCCUUAAUGUCCUUUUUGUACCUUUCCGAGUGUGUCUGGUAUUUUUUGCGAUUUUAGGGUUAAAAUACUUUGAAGAACAAGUAUCAAAUUCAAUUGCCGAAGUAUGAUUGUUUAACAAUUAGCAUAAUCAAAAGCAAAUUUGUUGAAUCAGAUACUUUGAAAUAUUAUAUUAUACGUGUACUUACUUUCUAUUAUAUGAUUAUUUUUUUAUGUAAUUAUUUUUUUAAAUGUCGAUUGGUUCUUAAAAACAAUGGUUUAUCUUAAAUGAAUAGUAGAAAGCCGUUGAGCUGUAAUGUAACGAUGUAACAGGCUCUGCCCUAUCUACUGUAACGUAAAUGUUUGUAUCUCGCUGUUCAUCACUUUCAACUUUGGUGCUAAUUAAGAUAACACAUCUUCCACCGAUUGUUACUCUACUCUUCUGUCGGGAAUGAAUGGCAAUUUGAAUGAAAAUAAAUUUAGUCAUUUAUUAUUAUUUAUUGUUGAAUUAUUGUUUUCUUUAUUUAAAUUUUAGUCGCUUUAAUUUUGCAUAUAUCUUGUACUAGCCUUACUUAUAUUGUUAGAACAUUUUCAAUAUAAUUUAAAUUCAAUAUUAUGUGAGCAUAAAGAAUAUUAGUUAUAAUACGUGCACUGUUAACACUAGGCAGUGGCUGUUGAACAGUCACACUCCAGUGUAUAGUAAUUAUUUAUGAUGUUUGUUGUCCUUUGUUUGUUGAUUGCUGUCAUUAGAUGUUUUUUAUCUUGGCAGUAUUAUUCUCUUUGUUUUUCUUAUCCCAUGAAAAGAUCAUUUGUGAUGAAUUUACUUAAAGGUUAUUCAAUGGAUAACGUACGGUUUUUCGAAGACGAAUUUGUUUCUCCCUGCCAAGUAAUGUAUUCAAAUAGAAAAUCUCCCCUUAAUAAUAGUAUUUUUACAUUAAUUGUUUUCAAUUUUAACCUAUUUUAAGCUUACUGAACUACAAACAAAAUAUCGCUAGCAAGUUGUAAAACCAGCGAUAUGUAAUUUUACCACCUACGAACAGUUUGAGUUGUUAAAACCUUGUUGUACCCGUCUUUAUUGUCACACUAGAGUGAGACAGAUAUUGUAAACUGUAAUAAAAUAUCUCUGUGGAAUUGUUUUCAAUUGUUAUUGAAGAGUUCAAGCUAUUUAGUUACAAUUUAUUAGUGUAAACGGUUUUAUUUUAUAAAUUAAUUCAGGAGAACUUGUUGAUCUGUUAAAAUAUUUAUUAGGGGCUGUCCAUCAAUUGCUUGAGCUCUCUGGUAGGUGUGAGGGAAGGCUUAUCUGUGAAAAUCUCAUAAUGGCUGAGAUUAUUUUGAGGUUAAUGCCUGUUAAAUGUUGCGUAAAAACAUUUAUUGCAUCGCCUACAGAAUGAGCAUCAACAUUGCCAUACAGUUUUUGUCUAGGAUUAAUCAUUAAUAAAAAAAUUAACGUGUGUCAAAACGCUAUCGAAACUAUAAUAAAGACUAUUGACCAAAGAACAAUAAACAAGAAUAAUCAGUAUGAGUUAAAAAAAUAAACCAAGUUAUACACCCCAAAAAUCCGGUAUAUCUUUGGAACCUUUACUUUUACAAGACAAAAGAAUGUUCUCAAAGUAACAAUUAGAAGUAGAUUAAUAAAAAAUUAAAACUACAAAUAUACAAAAUUUUGAAACAUUCAUAAGAAAAUUUGGCAUCGUAAUAAUAUUCAGAUUUAGGUUGUGGGGGAGGAUUUUUAGAUUUCUAUAGAUUGCUAUAGUUAAUGAAAAGGUGAGCUUGUGCAAUUUAUGGGUAGCUCCUGUACUGUAGCUAAAAUUAAAUUGAUUUUCUUGAACUAGUUCAUAACCCUUUUUAAACUAAAAAUAUGUUUUCCGUAAUUUUCGUUAGAAAGUUUUCACUUUUUACGCUGUGAGUUUAAAGUGAAACAUACAAUGAUGUGAAUAGAAGCCUAUUUUUCUCUUAUUCUUCAAAAGUGCUAUUUGUUGUAUAUUUUUUUAACAUCACAAUCACAGAGUGCAUAUGAAUCCAUGUCUAUUAUUAAUAUUUCUUCCGUGUGUGAACAAUUAGACUUUUGGUAUUUAAAUAUAUGCAUGAAUCUGUAACCAACAUGCUGCCCGACUGUAAACAAAUUCUUAUUGGGCUGUCUCGGUUCAUCGAAGGAAUUUAUCGUUUUAAGGUUGAUAAAAUAAGUUAGGUUCAGUGAGUUAAGGUAGAUUAGGUUUGUUUUCCGUUUUGCCCCAUCGAAUGUAGAAAGAAUAAACAUUACGAUGUGUAUCGUGCCGAAGAUGGUCCAAUAAAAACUAAAAAGGUCCCAGUAGUAUACAAACAAUGAGUCUUAGUGUUGUUUUGAAAUCUCUCUCAUUGUAACGUGCCCCACUCCCAGUGCGCUCAUCGCACUCUAGCUUUGCACUCACUAUCAGCAUUCACUAACCACUACGACCAGGAGAGAAGCGCGACGGUUUACCGAUAUAUCUUCCAGAAAUUAUAUAGUUAUUUAUUUAGGAUGUAAAGUAUAUAGCUUUGUUAUAUUUAUUUCCUAGUUUGAAUGUAUUUACUUGAUGUAUAUUUUGCUAUAUUUUUGCAAGAUGUUUAUUUGUCAGAGUACAGCGACAACACUGGUAUUUGAGCUGUAUUCGUCUGCUGAGUACGAUCAUUAUUUGAGCUUUGUCAGUCUUCCCAUUCCAGCCCGAUCGUUCAGGUGAUGAUGCUGUGUGGCGGCUCGCUAGCGUAAACUAGUGUUUCACUUUUACAUGUACUAGAUACAAGCAGAAUUUGCUUCGGAAGUUGUGCAUAAUGCAACAGUCAAUGAAAUAGACAAGCGAACCUUCUUCGUGUUAUUCAUAGUAAAUUAUUCAUGUCAACUUGAGUCAUUGUGUAGAGCAAUGUACGAUUUGCUAAUAACGGAUU